AAAAUAAAAAGACCUUGCUUUGGAAUUAGAUCUACCUCAUUCGAGAUUAAAAAAAAAAAAAAAGAGAGAAAUUUUCAAGAUAGUUAAACCAGUUGUUCAAUCGAGGAUUUGAGAGAGAGCGCUGCAUACAUGGAUCAGAUACUGAACAAGGUUGGUUCCUAUUGGUUGGGCCAGAAGGCCAACAAGGAGCUCAAUUCUGUCGGCGACGACAUUAACUCAAUGUCGAGCAGUAUUGAAGGAGGAGCCAAAUGGUUAGUCAACAAAAUAAAAGGAAAAAUGCAAAAGCCAUUGCCGGAACUGCUUAAGGAGUAUGACUUGGCUGUAGGAAUCUUCCCUCGAGAUGCAACCAACUAUGAGUUUAAUGAGGAGACAGGAAAGCUUACUGUCUUUAUUCCCUCAAUCUGUGAAGUGGGCUACAAGGAUUCAUCUGUCUUGCGUUUCUCCGCCACUGUAACCGGGUAUUUGGAGAAAGGAAAACUGGCUGAUGUAGAGGGGAUUAAGACUAAGGUGAUGAUUUGGGUUAAAGUGACAUGUAUCACUUCUGAUGGAUCAAAGCUCCAUUUCACAGCUGGGAUGAAGAAAACCAGGAGUAGAGAGGCAUACGAGGUACUUAGAGAUGGAGUGAGCGUAGACAAAUUCUAAAGUGGUCAAGAUGUUUCUUAGGUACGAUGAUGCUGUGAAUAACUCCUUUGUUAUUCCUUCUGGAUCCUUUUGCAUGCAUUUCUCAUUGUAUGAGUACCAUGACUGAUUUAAAACUGAAUUUCUUAGUUCCUAUGGAAGUAUUUGUGAUACAGUGAAUUCCUUUAUAUUGAUAUUAGAUCACGCAAAUAGAUUACCAA